AGCAGUGCAUAAGCCUCCCGUGUCCGGCUGAUCUCCUGAGAGGCUGAGCAGAGCGGCCUCCGUGGGCUGAGGCCGGGCUCCUGGGAGGAAGGAUGUUUCUCAGGGAGGGGCUGACGUGUGGGACAGGCCACACACAAGCUGGUGCCCACACAGGCGGCUGCCAGGCUGUGACGACUGCCACCUGGCCUCCAGCACCUCUGGGCACCCAAGCGGCCACCAGGACACACACGUACAUCAGCUCAGAGAGGACACCUGCUGACCAGAGGACCCUGCCAGAGACGCCAAGGGUGAAAGACAGGCAGCAGUCAGUCAUACCAUGUCUGUGACCAACGGGAAGAUGAGACCAUCCCUGACCCAGGAGAUCCUCAGUCACCUGGGCCUUGCCAACAAGACUGCGGCCUGGGGAACCCUGGGCACCCUCAGGACGUUCUUGAGCUUCAGCGUGGACAAGGAUGUGCAGAGGCUGCUGAGGGCCAUUGCAGGCCAAGGUGUGGACCGCAGCGCCAUCGUGGGCGUGCUGACCAAUCGGAGCCGGGAGCAAAGGCAGCUCAUCUCUCGGGCCUUCCAGGAGCGCACCCAGCAGGACCUGCUGAAGUCCCUGCAGGCAGCACUCUCUGGCAGCCUGGAGAGGACUGUGGUGGCUUUGCUGCAGCCUGCAGCCCAUUUCGAUGCCCAGGAACUGAGGACAGCUUUGAAGACCCCAGAUUCCACUGAGGAUGUGGCCAUGGAAAUUCUUGCUACCCGAAGCCCACCCCAGCUGCAGGAGUGCCUGACCGUCUACAAACAUAACUUCCAGGUGGAGGCUGAGAAAGACAUCGAAUCUGAGACCAGUGGCGUCUUGCGGGAUCUGCUCUUGGCCUUGACCAAGGGGGCCCGUGAGAGCUAUUCUGGAAUCAUUGACUACAACCUGGUGGAGCAGGACGUCCAGGCAUUAAAGCAGGCGGAAGGGCCCAGCACAGAGGGCACGUGGGUCCUAAUAUUCACCCAGCGAAAUCCCGAACACCUUGUCCGAGUGUUCGACCAGUACCAGCGGUGCACGGGGCACGAACUGGAGAAGAUGAUCCAGAACAUUUUCCAUGGAGACGCCCAGGCGGCUCUGCUCAGCCUAGCCUCAGUGAUCAAGAACACACCGUUGUACUUUGCUGAUAAACUUCAUCAAGCCCUCCAGGACACGGAGUCCAAUUACCAAGUCCUGAUGCGCAUCCUUAUCUCUCGAAGCGAGAUUGACCUUCUAAGCAUCCGAGCUGAGUUCAAAAAGAAAUUUGGGAAGUCCCUCUACUCUUCUCUCCAGGAUGCAGUGAAAGGGGACUGCCGGACAGCCCUACUAGCCCUGUGCAGGGCUGAAGACAUUUGAGACCUCCCUGCCCUGCCCUCCAGACCCCACCACAGACAUUCAAGGAUAUGAGAUCCCCACGUUUGGUUGGGUCUGCAGGAGACCAGCUGAGCCUCCAAAGAGGAUUAACCCCUCUCUGAACACCACCUUCAAAGAGGAUUAACCCCUCACUGAACACCACCUCCAGCUUCUUGUUGAGGCUAGAAUUUGAAGUUUCUUUUCAGUCCCUUGGCUUCUUGUCUCAAAGUGAUAUCUAUAUCUGGGUGCUCUGGCUCUCUGUCUUGGGUAUAGACCUCUCUCUGAUGGUUUCUACCCUAUUCAUCCUCCCCAUACACUGGCCACAACGUCUCACUGAUUCUUGAAUCCUGUUGGCAAACUUCACUGUUGUUUGUGUUCCCUGAUUGAAGUUUGGGUGGAGCAGGACACCGGCUGGGAGGAGGCCUUGAAGUUGGAGGUGCCUUUGAUGUGCACUUGCAUAUUCAAUGGGGAUCCUGUUUGAGGUUCUCCUGCUGCAAUAAGCCCCUCCCCUCAGAGUCCCUCCUUCCCCCAUUAUUCUCUCUUCCCCAGGAAAUUUCAGGCGAAGAAACUGAGAAACAGGAGCCAGAACGAGGUCAGAAAUGGUCAGAAGUAGCAGAGAACCAUCUGAUCAAGCUGCCCUUCCCUGCCUGGGAAGUCUUAAGUUAGCAGGAAGCCUACCCCCAGAUUGCAUCCGUCCAGAGCAGGGACUUGGAAACCCACCUCCCAGACUGGAUUACCAUUCCCAUUGAAGGUCUAUCAAAACCUGAUCAACAGAAACAAUAAAAGAAAAAUAAGCGGG